GCCAGCACCAGAGACCGUGCCGGGUGAGGCGGAGAGCUCCGGCGAGCGGGCGAGCGCAGGCCCCGGGAGCCGAGCGCCCUCCAGAGCAGCCUGAGUGUGCGCCCCAGUCCCCGCGGGACCCCAGCAGGCCUCUGUCCGCCGGGAUCCCGGGCGUCCUUCUCUGGCAGCUCGCGAAGAGGACGCCCUCGCCGCCUGCCCAGCCCGGAGAGCUCCCGGGUCCGCUGGGGGCUGCGCUCGCCGCUCCCCCGCCCGCCCGGCCAGGCGAGCGCCCAGGAGGCGGCGUGCACGCAGGAGGAGCGACGGCGGCCGGGCGCGCGGCGGGACUUCGGCGCGGCUUCCCCAGGGUGCGACCCCCCGGCGCGCCAGCCGCGCGAGGAUGAGGGCGCGGCCGCAGGUCUGCCAGGCGCUGCUCUUCGCCCUGGCGCUCCAGACCAGUGUGUGCUAUGGCAUCAAGUGGCUGGCGCUCUCCAAGACCCCGGCGGCCCUGGCACUGAACCAGACGCAACACUGCAAGCAGCUGGAGGGCCUGGUGUCCGCGCAGGUGCAGCUGUGCCGCAGCAACCUGGAGCUCAUGCACACCAUCGUGCACGCCGCCCGCGAGGUCAUGAAGGCCUGCCGCCGGGCCUUCGCGGACAUGCGCUGGAACUGCUCCUCCAUCGAGCUCGCCCCCAACUACCUGCUUGACCUGGAGAGAGGGACCCGGGAGUCAGCCUUCGUGUAUGCGCUGUCGGCGGCCGCCAUCAGCCACGCCAUCGCCCGGGCCUGCACCUCCGGCGACCUGCCGGGCUGCUCCUGCGGCCCCGUCCCAGGUGAGCCACCCGGGCCCGGGAACCGCUGGGGAGGAUGUGCGGACAACCUCAGCUACGGGCUCCUCAUGGGGGCCAAGUUUUCCGAUGCUCCUAUGAAGGUGAAAAAAACAGGAUCCCAAGCCAAUAAACUGAUGCGUCUACACAACAGUGAAGUGGGGAGACAGCUGCUUGGGGCUUGCCUGGCUCCUCCUCCUCCAGGGGGUCCACCAGGAUUUGGGUUGGAGAACGUCGGUGGAGCAGAAGGAGCACUGAGCUGGGAGUCAGGAGCUCUAAACUCACUGUGUGACAUUGGGCGAGUCACUUCCUCCCUGGCCUCAGUUGUUCCCAUCUAUAAAAUGGGGUGGGUUGGUGCUCUCUGGUCCCCAUUGGUCACGUUCCUCAGUGUCUUCCUCUGGGGCUCUGGGCCAAGGCCGGUGUGGGAGGAAGCAUGGAGAGGGCUGCGGAGCAGCAGAGCCUUGCUAAAGGGUCGUCUCCUUGGAUCUAAUGGGGACUCUCUCCUGGCUCCAAAACCCACCCCAACCUCCUAAACACGGUUUCCCCUCCAUGUCUGUUAUUAUCAGUGUUGCAUUAGUUCCUCACCUCAUUCCACAGCAGGUUGGGGUGAAUGCAUAAGUGAAUGAAUGGACCUUUUUAUUUUUUGAAAAUUAAAAAAAAAACUUUAUACCAAUCAGUGUGCCAGACACUGUGGUGGGUGCUUGAUUAGUUUUCUCUCCCGUAGUCCACAAAACCACACUGUGAAGGGGUACUGUUACCCCUCCUUACAGAUGGGGAACUGGUCCCGGAGGGGCAGAGUGUCAGGUGUGGAUGGCAUCUCAUGGCCUCUUCCCUGCAGCCUCGUUAGGCCCAUUGUGCAGAAGCACCAUGUGAGGCAGAAGGAGCUUAGGUGGCUUGGCCAAGGACACAGGGUGCAAUGGAGCCCAGGUCUAUGGGACUCCAGGUCUAGAGGUUUCCUUGUCCUCACCUUCCUCUCUCUCUGGUCUCCCUCUUGUAAGGAUUCUAGGACAUCCAGGCCAUCUUUGGGCAGUUGGGGAAACUGAGGCCAAGUCACCCUGGGGAUCUGUAGAAGAACCUGGCUAGGGACCCAGAACUCCUGCCUCCCAACCCUGCUGGCCCACCCCACCACCCUUGGAAACCCACUGGGAGCCCUUCACCCAGCCUCCCGCCCAAGAACCCAGCCCCACUCCUGCCCAUGGCCAGGCCUGAGCCUCAUGCUGCCGGGGGCACAGCCGUCCCGUCCCGCGGUGCAGUCCCAGCAGGGUCCUCAGCCUCAGAGGCACAUCAGCCCUUUCCCAGGGGCCCUGAUGCCAAGGAGCUGGCCUCCCUGGGGCCGCCUGCAAGGGCCCGGGAGGGUAGAUGACCGCGUGUUCAGCGCCGGCACCAUGGCCUCAGGAAGCCUGGGCCCCUUCCCGCCAUCUGAGCUGAGGAGCUGAAUGUGGUUUACCUUUCCUGGAUGACUCAGAAGUACCUUGCGCCCUUGGGAGGCCGAAUGUGCCCUGCAGUCGGGUUCACUUCAUUAUGUGCUCUCCACAGGCUUUGCUGAGACAGUUCCAGACUCUAGACCCAAGUGGACUCCCUCAUUCCCCACUUCCUGGCACUGUGAGGGGUAGGGAGCCCUGGGACCUUGACCAGCUUCCUCACUAACUCCCUGUGUGAUUUUGGGCAAGUCCUUGCCCUCCGUGUGCCUCAGUUUCCCCAUCUUUUUGAUGCAGGGGUAGGCCCAGGGGACCCAUAACCCUUGCAGUGGA